CGUGCCCAAACGAGUAUAGCCGGCCAGCCAGCAGUACGCCGCGCGCCGCCACCCGGGUCGCCUGUGUCGCUUCGGUACAUGUGUAUUACAAAAACUUGCUUUAUCGCAAGUUAAAACAUACAAGUGCAUAAAACUCAUCAAUAUCCCAUGUUUUUAUGGACAAUGGUGAAUCAAGCCGUAUAACGGGACGAUUGCGUGCACCCUGGCCACGCAAAUGCGGUUUUUGUAUAUUAGUGGGUGGAAAAAUAAACAUAACACUCCGGGGCAGAGGCGGCGCCAGCGCGGCGCCCGGCUCCACUCGCGUGCUGAUGACACAAUAAAUUGUGAUGCUGACACGAACAGAAGCUUAUAGGAACCUACGUCCUAGAGGACGACGAAGGACGUUCUAGUUUAAAUCUUUUAGUUUACAAUAAUUAUAAAAAUGCAAGUGCCUAAUUUUUUAAUCAUGUUGGGUAACCGCCGUAACUUAAUAUUUAGAGUGAGCAUUGUGUUUAACAUCGCCGUAUUGUUGUACGCGGCGAUGCAUUACUCCGGCAACAGCGCCCCGGGGGUCGACUGGGUGCCGAUCACCAGUGAAGGUUUGGAAAGGACUGCCGAGCUUAGGUAUCUCAAAGAAGAUGUGCGAAAUGAAACCAUGGUAAGGUUUGCGGAAUUCGGUCCGCGAGUUGCGGAAUCCACGUCCCAGAAGGUAGUGCCCUCAACAAUGUCCACAGUUAAGAAGACUGUCUCGAGCACUGCGUCAGACGUAGAUAAGAAAAUCAGUGCUGCACCAUCUGAAGUGAACAUAGUCAAUGAAACUCUUGACGUCUACGACGAGAGUGUGCUGUCUGAACCAACCCUGACGUUACUCCGACAACUGCUCGGGUGCAACGACAAAGACUUUCUUCCUGAGACCCUGCAACGCGGAGAAUUCUGGGUGCUGAAAAAUUACGUACGCGCUAACCACGGUGCGAUAGCGUGCCACGAGAGCAUCACCUACACUACGCACGGUGGUUUCGAGUUCCUCGACAACCUGCUUCCUCUGGUAGAACGAUGGAUGGCACCAGUGAGCUUGGCGAUCCACGCGCCCGGCUCCGACAUGAUGCCCACCGUGAACAGCAUCAGGUACCUGCGCGACUGUGUGGGCAAUGACCUGAUCCUGCAAUACGUCACCUUUCAUAUCUUCUUCUCUAACAAGCACAUACCAUCCACCAUCCCAGUUCCAGAAGAUUUUUUGAAGACAUCUUACAACUGCAGUGAGCCACCACCGUACGUCGUCAACUCUUCUUCAACUUACAAACAACAGAAGAAUCUUCUGUACCCAAUAAACGUGGGCAGAAACAUUGCCAGAGGUUCUGCACUCACACACUUCGUACUGCCAUCAGACAUAGAACUAUAUCCAAGUCCAGAUUUGGUACCAAAGUUCCUGAACAUGAUCGCAAGAAACGAGGCACCACUGAGCACUUCCAGUAAACCUAGAGUCUUCCCAAUAAGCAUCUUUGAAAUUGCUAAGAACCAAAAUGCACCAACGACCAAGUCGGAACUACAAGUAAUGUUGCGUAACAAGACUGCAAUCCCCUUCCACAAAUACGUGUGUCCCACGUGCCACAACAUUCCGCACGGCAAGGAGUGGAUGACGACUCUGGAAGGCAACCAGAUGGAAGUGUUCCACGUUGGCAAGAGGCAGGGAAAGUUCGUGCACUGGGAGCCAAUUUUCAUCGGAACCAAUCAAGAUCCGUUUUAUGAUGAGAGGUUGAGUUGGGAAGGAAAGCAAGAUAAGAUGACACAGGGCUACGUCCUCUGUGUCAAAGACUACGAGUUUAUGAUCCUCAACAACGCUUUCUUGGUCCACAAGCCAGGCAUCAAAUAUUACACGAAAAACGUCAAGAGGGACAAGAUCGGUUCACGACAAUCUGCCUACGUUAGAAAUGUCAUCCAUCCUGAACUAAAGAAACUGUACGGAGUAAAAUCAGGUUGCGUGCUGUGACACCAAUCACGAAUCAAGAUAUUGAAAGUGAUCAAUCGUAGUACACCUUAGAGGUACAAAAUAGAUUCCAAGGCUAUUCCAAACGCUAGGCAAACUAAUAGAAGCUUACAGGGUUCAAUUUUCCGCCUGAUUUUGGAAAAUGUUUAAAUGGAAUUGUCUCCUAAUGAAACAUAUCAAUACGAACAAAAAUAUAAAUGCAAAGUAACUUUGGUUAAGAUUUAUACGCACACUUAUUUAUAAAUAAUGUGAAUAUGUAUAACGAAGCUAGAAACGUACUGACUACUGUCCCAGGCGUCCUGAUUUACAAUGCAUAGGAUGCAUUUAAAAAGUCACGCUUCGAGGCCUUAAUCGUUUAACAUUAGGAACUGAUGUUCUUAUGUUAGAAACAUUAUACACGUCCGUUAUGUCUAAGUCAAUGUAUGGUGUAUAUUUAAAAUUUCUUAAAUUUUCUGUGUGGAUAUUAUGUCACUAUUAUUUGAAAUACCAAAUAGGUAAGAUAAAGUUGUGAGUAACAUCGAAAAAGGAUCUACCUACAGAUACGUGCAAAAAUAUGGAUACCUGAAGCUUUUUAAUUAAAAUUUAGCAUGUAAAAUGCAAGUUACACCAGUAGCUUUGCAUAGAGGUGUAACAGGCCCUAAGUAAAUUAAGUUAGUAACCGACCCAUCAAUCACUUUAGGUGACAUAUUUUUGCACGUAAAUAUUUUAAACAAAUGCAACCCGGUCUUAGAGUUCGCUACAGACAAAGCUAAAAAUAGUUAUAAAGAACAUGUUUCGGUUUAUGUAAAUAUUUUGCUUAUGAGUUAACAUUUGGUGCGUUAGCUCUAAUUUUUAAGUUGUUAGCACACUGUGGUGUUAGACGAUAUUCUUACUACGUUUUGUUUGUCUUCUGCUUAUAUUUGUAGCUUCGUCAAUGGUGUGCUGCAUGCCUUAAUAUGUAUGUAACAGAGUACUUGACUCGUGAUAUUUAAGUGCUUUUUUACAGGCAGUCGCUAUCGGAUCUAAAUGAUCGUAACAGAUUAGUCAAUCCCGAAUUUUCCUGGUACCUAUCCAAUAAACGAAAACAAACGAAUAUGAUAGCGUUAUUAAAAAGAAAGAGCUUCAAAUGUGUGAUUCCAAUUUUAACACUAUGUCUUAAUGACUUAAGUUUGAAUUUGUAUAUAAACUGUAUCUCAUUAUACAUACUCGUAUAUUGUAAUGCACGUGUACGUCUUGUAAUGUUUGUAUUUAUUUCUACUCAUUCUGAAAUGCAUUUUUAGUCUGUACUUGAGUAGGUGUAUUCGCUAGCGGUAAAGUAUUUGUAGAAUUUUAUGAUAAUUAUAUUAUCGUCUAUGUACAUAAUCGGUUAAGUUAUAUAGUUAGAGUUUCUUUGGUUAAAUUUAUUUGUGAUUUUAUUUUUAGUUAAUCAUAAAAUCACAAACAAAUUGGCACGGAACUUAAGUUGCACUAUUCUCGCUAGUAAAAUCAUUUGAUUGCGCUUUCACACAGCGGAUUUUUCAUACGGAAAAACGUUGUUAGGCGUAAUAAGUAGAUAUAAAAACAUAAUUUUAUUUUUAUAAGCAAUUUAUUUUACAACAUAAACUCAGACAUCGCAAAAAGCAACAGUGCAUUGUUUAAAAUAAACUUUUCAAAAAAGUAAAGAAAGCUAAAUUGGCCCGUGGGUACACAUUUAAGACGCGUUUAUAACAUGAAAUUACCUACUUUAGCGGUUCCUAUAUUUAUUGACUAAUAUUACCAGUUUGGACCCAGAAGAACACCAUUUUUUUUAUUCCUGCGUGCAUCUAUGGUGUAGUUUUUUUUAUUGUCUUGAUAAUAUGCCCAUUUUUUUGCAUCAUUGGAACCAGUUCGAUUUCACCCAUUGUAUUUAAAACCCAUACUUUUAACUUUAGGGGUUAAACCAAUGUCUUGGUAGAAUUUUUGUUUAAAACUAGGCACGGCUGCUUUUUAGAACUUCCUUAUUAAACAAACCAGUAACUCGAAAACGGACCAAAAAUCACGACCCAUUCGAUUACUGAAUCAACCAGGCAUUAUGUAUAUUAUGAAAUGAAUUUAAAAAAAGUCAAUUUAAAUACAGCCUGCUUAGUAUAUAAUAUGCCUAAAGCUGGGUACUCACUUAGCAGUGUAGCACGUAACGUAUCAGAUACGGUAUCAAGUGAGUACGUAGGCACGAGCCCGCUGCGAGCCGCUCGCGCGUGGAGUGACCUGUAAGCUCGCAGUGACCCGCCGAGUGGCGGUUUCACUGCGAACACAAAGGCGACUCGCUGUGUGCUCGUGAGGACUGUGGACGAGCCGUACCCACUUGCAGGUUGAUACCGUAUCUGAUACGUUACGUGCUACACUUCUAAGUGAGUACCCAGCUCAAUAUUACAUGAAACUCCGAUGAGUAUCGGCCUUAUUAUGGUAACUUUAGUAUUUAGUAACUAUUGUAAUUUAAAAAAUAUAUAAAAGUCCUAAGCUCACCACGUUCGAUAUUUAUUUUUAGGAUUAUUAAUAAGUUUAAUUGUUACUUAGAAUUCCUUAGUUUUAUUAUGGAAAGAAUUUUCGCUUCAAGCUAUUAUUCCAAGGUAUUAGCAAAGUUGGUUACGUUUGUCCAUAUGUAAACUGGUUGAAAUGGAUACCUAUUUUUUUGUUACAACCAGUUUCCAUACUUCUAUUAAAAUCUAGUAUUAAGACUGGAAAAAGUGGAACAAGAAAACUAUAUAUAGAGAGAGUAGGAUAAGUCCAUAGAAGUAAAGAAACGAAUUGAUAUCCUCUCCAUGCCUGCCGGAUGAUAUUUUCCUAAACAGCUGGACUAGAUGUGGCAAUACAGCCUUUAAGUGUGUCCUUUAAAAGAUAAAGUAUUUUAUUAUAGUAUUAAUUUAUUUCUGAACAUCGCAAAGUUUAUUUUUAUACAGCUGCUAGAUUUUAUUAGUUUUAAAUUUAUCUUUUAGAUUGUAAUGGGUCCCGGUUAUGGUAAACGCAUGUGGUGAGCUUUCGAUAAGGCUAAGUGCCUCUAGUUUGUAAGCCCAACAUAUAGUCUUUUAAAUGUGAUCAUUUAUAAAAUAUUUAUCAAUGUAUAAUCUAAAUACUACGUUUUGUAAUGUUUUCGUAAGAAUCUACAUUAAUGUAAUCGGCCCGAAAAUCGAUGUAAUACAAUAAAAAUUCUUACAUUUCA